CCAGCCCCGAGGCGCUCCCGCAGCAGAGGGCCCUUCCCCGGCAGAGGGGGCUGCGGCGGCGCUGCCAGGCGGGCCGGCUCCGCGGCGGGUGCUGCCCGGGCUCGCUCCGCGCCAGAGGCGGGAGCCGCGGACCUGCCGCCGCUCGGGCCGGGCCGGGCCGGGCCGGCCAGGAGCGGCGAUGCCGGGCGCCCCGCGCGCCGCUGCCGGAGGAGGAGCAGCCGCCGCGGGCGCCACCUCCCCCCGCCCCGCCGUGGAGCAGCCGCGGCGGCGGGAGUGAGGAGGAAGCGGGGCCGCUCGCCGGCUGCAUGGAUGGACGUGUUCGGCUUUGUGCGGCUCGCCAAGCUCCCCGGGAAUGGGCUUCUCAAGAGUAACCUGGAUGGAGAGCGAGAGGACCCUGAAGAGAGAGGGCCAAGGCCCAUGAGCAUGAGCAAAGGCUUCAAUCCUGGUAGAUCUGUCCAGUCAAGGGGGCUCCACAGGACCAAGUCUUCAGGCUGGCCACAUCCUGCAGGAACCUGGAGCUUGAAUCAGGGGACACCCUAUGGAUGGGAGAUGACGGCAAACAGAGAUGGGAGAGACUACUUCAUCAAUCACAUGACACAGUCAGCCACAUUUGAAGACCCUCAAAUAGAGAGCUGCCAAAUCACCCCUCCAGCCCCUCGGAAAGUGGAAAUGAGGAGGGAUCCUGUUCUGGGAUUUGGUUUUGUGGCUGGUAGUGAAAAACCAGUUGUUGUACGCUCGGUAACACCAGGCGGCCCUUCUGAAGGAAAACUUAUACCAGGAGAUCAGAUCAUAAUGAUUAAUGAUGAACCAGUCAGCACUGCUCCAAGGGAGAGAGUCAUUGACCUUGUCAGAAGCUGCAAAGAAUCAAUCCUCCUUACUGUUGUUCAGCCUUACCCUUCUCCUAAAUCAGCAUUUAUCAGUGCUGCAAAAAAGGCAAGAUUGAAGUCCAACCCUGUCAAAGUACGUUUCUCAGAAGAAGUCAUUAUCAAUGGCCAGGUGUCGGAAACGGUUAAGGACAAUUCACUUCUUUUUAUGCCAAAUGUUCUGAAGGUAUAUCUUGAAAAUGGACAAACCAAAUCUUUUCGGUUUGACUGCAGCACUUCAAUAAAGGAUGUCAUCUUAACACUCCAAGAAAAGCUUUCCAUCAAGUGUAUUGAACACUUUUCACUGAUGCUAGAGCAAAGAAUUGAAGGAGCUGGAACCAAACUUCUCUUGCUACAUGAACAGGAGACUCUAACUCAGGUGACCCAGAGGCCAGGCUCCCAUAAGAUGAGAUGUCUGUUCAGAAUUAGCUUUGUUCCAAAGGAUCCCAUUGACCUCUUAAGAAGAGAUCCAGUGGCUUUUGAAUAUCUGUAUGUACAGAGCUGUAAUGAUGUGGUUCAGGAGAGGUUUGGACCAGAGCUGAAAUAUGAUAUCGCUUUGAGACUGGCUGCAUUACAAAUGUAUAUUGCAACUGUGACUACAAAGCAAACCCAGAAAAUUUCCCUCAAAUAUAUUGAAAAAGAAUGGGGAUUAGAGACUUUUCUUCCAUCUGCUGUGCUGCAAAGCAUGAAAGAAAAGAACAUAAAGAAAGCACUUUCACACCUUGUCAAAGCAAAUCAAACCCUAGUUCCUCCGGGUAAAAAGCUGUCUGCCCUGCAAGCCAAGGUGCAUUAUCUCAAGUUCCUCAGUGAUCUACGACUGUAUGGGGGGCGUGUCUUCAAGGCAACAUUAGUGCAGGCAGAAAAACGUUCAGAAGUGACAUUGUUAGUUGGGCCACGGUAUGGUAUCAGUCACGUGAUAAACACCAAAACAAAUCUGGUGGCCUUGCUAGCAGACUUCAGCCAUGUGAACAGGAUUGAGAUGUUCACAGAAGAUGAAAGCAGUGUUCGAGUUGAGCUGCAUGUUUUAGAUGUGAAGCCUAUUACUUUGCUAAUGGAAUCAUCAGAUGCAAUGAACCUUGCUUGUUUAACAGCUGGAUACUAUAGACUGCUGGUUGAUUCAAGGCGCUCAAUAUUUAACAUGGCCAACAAGAAAAAUACAGGAAACCGAGAAGCAGGAAUUGAAAGCAGAGGCAAGCUCCAUGCUCCUGAGUGGAAUUGUAUACCAAAAACUACCACAUUUGCGGCUGAAGGAGAUCGAGAGGCCCAUAUUACUUUUGUGGACCCAAAACAGAAAAUGGCAGAUCUCUCUGAAAGUCCCUUAUGUCAAAAAGACCACAGGCAUCUGUACAUAGAAAAUACCUAUAAUUCAGGUGGAUUUGAUGAGCAGCUAAUAAAGCCAGGUGGCCCCACUGAGACAGAAGCAAACAGAGGUUUAAAUCAGCAGUCAUUGCUGUCACUUUCAGGAUUGGAAUCAAGCAAGAAAGCACAGGAUUCACCAAGGGGAGCAAAAGUAUCCUUUAUUUUUGGAGAUCACAGUUUGGAUGGCAUCAGUCCCCAAACUCUUGGCUAUGAAAGACUUUUGGAUGAAAGUCCAGAAGUGUUAGAGAAGCAAAGAGCAAUUUAUAUUAAUAAUGCCAAUGAUAUGAAAGGUCUAGAAUUGUCGCCAGAUGCUGAAAGCAUUCAGUUUGCUGCAAAUUCUGUUUACGCAAGCAUAAAUGAUGGCAAGAUAUUUGGAGCUGCAGAAGGGAUAGAAGAGCCUUUAUUGCAUGACAUUUGUUAUGCAGAAAACACAGAUGAUGCUGAAGAUGAAGAUGAAGUGAGCUGCGAGGAAGAUAUUAUGGUAGGAGAAAUUAAUAGGCCCGCCAUUCUCAGCCUUUCUGGUUCUAGUGAUGACAUUAUUGAUUUGACCUCACUCCCCCCUCCAGAAGGUGAUGAUAAUGAAGAUGACUUCUUAUUGCAUACCUUAAACAUGGCCAUUGCUGCUCCUCCUCCUGGCUUCAGGGACAGUUCAGAUGAGGAAGACUCUCAGAACCAAACAACACAGUAUAGAGAAGAAAAGGAGCAAGCUAGUGAUCCAGGAACUGAUGACAUUCCAGUGUCACUCAUUGAUGCUGUCCCUACUAAUACAGAGGGCAAAUGUGAAAAGGGGCUAGAUGAUGCUGUAGUCUCUACUCUUCAAGCACUAGAAGCUUUGGCUGCUUCAGAGGAACAGCAGACAAAUGACAAUUCAGGUGUAGCAAUCUUGCGAGCAUAUAGCCCUGAGUCAUCUUCAGAUUCUGGCAAUGAAACAAACUCUUCUGAAAUGACCGAAAGCUCUGAACUGGCUACAGCACAGAAACAGUCAGAAAAUUCCACACGUAUGUUUUUGGCCGCUAGUGAAGGCUACCAACACCUCAUGGAAGAGCAGACAGAGUUCCCCAUUGCUAAGAAUCAGGCUGGAGGAUCACUUAUGAAAUCCUCGCAGUCUUCGAUUAAUCGGCAAGCUGCAGAGCUACAAUCAAAAGUUGUGCCUUCAAAGCAGAUUCUUCAUUCAGAUAACAUGGAAAUGGAACCAGAGACUAUGGAAACAAAAUCGGUCACUGACUAUUUUAGCAAAUUGCACAUGGGGUCCUUGGUAUAUUCUUGCACUAGUAAAAGGAAAAAUAAGGUGACUGAUGGAGAAGCAAAAGCAGCCUCUGAUGGCAAUGCAACUGUGAAAAAGCAGCCGGGAACUAAAAAAGCAGAGACUGAUGAAGACCUAAAAGGUAAAUUUGGUAGUCUUGCAUCAAGAGACAGUCAGCAUGCAAGUACUUUUAAUAUGGAAAGACCUGCUUUUCGCCAAAGAUGGUAUGCUGCUUCUGAUGAUGGAGCAUCAGAUAAAUCAAGCUCAGAAAUAGUGAAUGGGAAGACAUUUCCAAGAGUUUCUGGCCUUGGUAAAACAGAAGUUGACUGUAAAGAUGAAGUGGAUCCUGAAGUGGAUCAGGAUGAUAUUUUAGGACUUAGCCAGAGUGAAGGCUUUUUGUCUGACAUGACUAGUGUGUCUUCAGCCAAAGACCUAAAUGACACAGAAGAUGUGGAGUUAUCUGCAGAUGACCAUCCCUCAAAGCUUCCAGAAGCUGAGCAGAGUGUGGCAAGACUUUGUGAAUAUCACUUGGCCAAGCGCAUGUCCUCUCUGCAAAGUGAAGGCCAUUUUUCUCUGCAAAGCUCCCAGUGCUCUUCAGUGGAUGCAGGUUGCAGCACAGGCAGUAGCACUUGUGCUACCCCCAUUGAAUCUCCUCUUUGUACUUCUGAUGUUAAGCACAUUAUUUCUGAUUCAUCAGUUAAGGGCAUUGGCUAUAUCCCAGCAGAUGAAAGAGCUGCCAUUCUUCCAAACCAUGGAGGAACUUACAAGGAGCUACAUCAGCAGUCUGAGGCUGUGUGUCAUAGAAUGACAGUGCCUGUCAUGCAUUCAGCAAUUAACGCUGAACCAUUAUUUGGCACUUUGAGAGAUGGAUGUCAUCGGAUCCCCAAGAUAAAAGAAACUACAGCUUUCACAGAGCCUGAAAAAGGAAGACAAGGAGGCAUGCCUUCAACUUUUCCUAACCAGCCUCCAGCUGACACCAUCAUGCUAUCAUCCAUGUUAUCAGAAUCAAAGGUGCCAAGUCAAAAUCAAAACUCUUGUGACAUUCCCAAAGCAAACCAGGUAUGUGAGGCAGCAGUCAGUUUACGGCCAUAUGACAUCAUUGGAGGAAGCCUCAGGAUGCCAUGUAGCAGAAAAGUUUUGAGACGCAGUAGCAGCAGCAUUGUUGCCGGGUCCACAGGCAUUGAGAUGCUCUUUGAGAAAAAGAAGGCUGCAGUCAGUUUGAAGUCUCUAGACAUCAUAGAAAGAGAUGAAUCCAGGUCAGAGAAAAGGGUAGAACUCCCACUGGGCAGAAAGCUAUCAAAAAGCUAUUCGCAAAGUUCUAUGAAUGUCACCAGUGACAGUAAAGAGAAUAAAAAAUCUUCACUCAUGAGCGCCAUUCAAAAGGACUCCAAACAGUAUAGAACGUUGCCCUUACGAAAGCUGGAUGCCAGCAACUGGAGAUGUCAUGGCCCGUUUAGCUACUGUUUCCUAAGCCGAAGAAAUGAUGAUGAUGAUGAUGUACACAACAACCAGCUCUCUUGCCUCUAUGAACCACAGAUCCCAUGUGAGUUACUAGAGCCAGUCAGUCAGUCUUUCUCCAUUGAAACUGAGAGGAACGCUGUUGAGUCACCCCAAACUGAGGCAAACUACACACAUGACAAAAGCAAUGCUGAAGACCAAGGUGGCCAAAUUGAUAUGAACCUCGAUGACAUGGCCUUUGAUGCACGAAUCGCCAGAAUCAAUGUGAUGAAGGAGAAAAUGUAUGCAAUGCCUGAUGGAUUUCUUGCAGCACAAAAGGAUGCCAAUGAGCUACUCUCACUGGUCCGAGGAUGUGUGGAGAAGAGAGAAGAUCUACAUCGGGAAACAUAUGACCUUAAACUUUCUCAGUACAAACAACUGUUAUCUAUAGAAUCAAGACAGUUGGGAAGUGCCUGCAGGAAAAUGGCCAUGGCUGACAAAAGCCCUGAGGAAAUGCUUUUAGCUAUGACUUCCAGCUUUCAAGUACUCUGUUGUUUAACAGAAGCCUGCAUGCGUUUAGUUAAAGUCAUGAACUCUGAAACACAGCAGCAGGAAAUUAUAGCUAAGAUAGAUGAGGUUGUCAUAAACUACAUUUGUCUUCUGAAAGCUGCAGAAGCAGUGUCAGGCAAGACCUCCGGUGAUCCUAGCAUUAAACUCUUGGCUCGACAUUCAACUACCAUGGCUGCUAUUGUAAGCACACUAACACGUUCUCUUAAAAUGCUUUUAAAUAAAUAAAUAAAACAAAAGUCACUUCAUAAUAUACCUUUGCAAAGCCAUACAUGAAAACUUUUAUUUACUCUAUGUGUAUGAACUAAUGUAACAAACUCAGCUCUCUCUGUAUAUUUUGUUAUUUUAUAUAAAAUAGGUAUGAGAUUAAAAAAAAGUUAUAAUACCGAACAUUGACAAAGUACUGACCAGUUCUAUCCUUCUGUUUGUAUAAAAACAAAAACAAAAAACAAAAAAUUCCCAUACAAGAACGUGUUGACAUUUGGCUAUUUUUCAUAUAGCCAAAUCUACAGGUGUAGAAAGUGAGCUUUUACAGCCUGUUAUGACAGAGGAAUUGUUUCCUGUUCCCUCCAAGUUUACACUUGGAGAAGACUCUGUGUUUAGAAAUAAGAAGUGGAAUCAUAAUGUAUAUAACACAGUAUUUAAUGUUUUAAAAUUAUAAUUUUUAAGCAUUGGAAAUAACAAAAGGACAUUUAAAAUCCAAGAGACUAUUACAACUUACUAGAGAAUAUAUAUAUAAUAAAUGACUUUUGUUCAUA